AUGAUGCGAAGAUUUUCAACUUUCAGAAAGUCCAAGGGGGACAAGGCCGAAAAGGCCGAUCGCGAGUCAAAGGCCAAUGGCUCCCAUGCUCACGGCACGUCUGCGACCAACAACAGCGCGAAACGCCAGUCCAAGGUGCCUUCUCCGCGCAGGGCCUCAUCGGACAGCGGCAGCAGUGCUGAGAGCGAAGAUGUUCCCGCCGUCUUUGAGAAGUAUGCACAGGUGCUUCACUCAUCCUCUCGCCCGAUCCCUCACCAGGGCGGAGAAGCCGCAUAUCUCGAGAAGGAGAAUCCUUCAGGCUUGUUCAACGACUUGAGAUCGCUUGGAUUCAAGGACUUUGCCUCCUUGAAGGAUGUGAUCAAGACCAAGAUCAAUGGGGAGCUCACAGACGAUAAGACGAUGAUCAUGGAGCGAGUUAUUCAGAUUGUUAGCAGUCUCCCUUCGAACUCGAAGAUGCGCACCGACCUCACAAACGUUUUCCUCGACGAGCUCUGGGGUUCAUUGCCUCACCCUCCGCUCUCGUAUAUGGGAAAUGAGUAUCAGUACCGCUCUGCCGAUGGUUCCAACAACAACCCCACCAUUCCGUGGCUGGGAGCUGCGAACACGGCGUAUUCGCGCUCCAUUGAGCCCUUGACCGUCCAGCCUGGGGGUCUUCCGGACGCUGGCUUGGUCUUUGACACUUUGUUCGCUCGACAGAAAUUUACGCCUCACCCUAACAAGGUGUCGAGUCUGUUCUUUGACUGGGCGUCCCUGAUUAUUCACGAUAUAUUCCAGACCGACUACAGAGACUACACCAAGAACAAGACCUCGGCUUACCUUGAUCUCGCCAUUUUGUAUGGUGAUGUGCAGGAAGAACAGGACCUUGUUCGUAAGCACAAGGAUGGAAAGCUGAAGCCAGAUGCUUUCUCUGAGCCGCGACUGCAGGCCUUCCCCGCUGCUUGCUGCGUUCUUCUUGUUAUGCUGAACAGAUUCCACAACUAUGUUGUCGAAGAGCUUGCCGCCAUCAAUGAAAACGGCCGUUUCACCAAGCCCAGCCCUCACCUGCCAGAGGAGCAAGCCAAGAAAGCGUGGGCUAAGUACGAUGAGGAUCUUUUCCAGACUGGCCGACUCGUCACCUGUGGUCUGUUUAUUAACAUCACUCUAUACGAUUACCUUCGCACGAUCGUCAACCUGAACCGAGUAAACAGUGAUUGGUGCUUGGACCCUCGUGCUCAGAUGCAGAAUGGCACUACUCCGGCUGGUCUCGGAAACCAGUGUUCCGUAGAGUUCAACUUGGCGUACCGAUGGCACUCUGCCAUCAGUGCUAACGAUGAGAAAUGGACCGAGCAAGUAUAUGAGGAGCUUAUCGGAAAGCCUGGCUCAGAGAUCACUACACAGGAGCUGCUCAUGGGUCUUGGAAAGUAUGGCGCUAGCCUUCCCAAAGACCCAUCCCAGCGCACCUUUGCUGGUUUGAAGCGCCAAGAGGACGGUACCUUUAAGGACGAGGAGCUAGUCAGCAUUCUUACUCUUGCCAUUGAGGAUGUUGCUGGGUCUUUCGGUGCUCGCAACGUGCCCAAGGUUCUCAAAGCCGUCGAGGUUCUUGGUAUCGAGCAGGGUCGUAAAUGGAACGUCGGAUCUCUCAACGAGUUCCGUAAAUUUUUCGGUCUGAAGAACUACGAAACCUUCGAGGAGAUCAACUCGGACCCCGAUGUUGCCGAAUCGCUACGAAGCUUGUACGGCCACCCCGACUACGUCGAAUUGUACCCCGGUAUCGUAUCCGAGGAGGCCAAGGAACCCAUGGUUCCUGGUGUCGGUAUUGCUCCUACUUACACUAUCUCCCGUGCGGUUCUGUCUGACGCUGUUGCGCUUGUGCGUGGUGACCGACACUACACUAUCGACUACAACCCCCGAAACUUGACCAACUGGGGUUACAACGAAGUCCGCUAUGACCUUAACAUCAACCAAGGAUGUGUCUUCUACAAGCUCGCCACUCGCGCGUUCCCCAACUGGUUCAAGCCCGACUCCAUUUACGCCCACUACCCCAUGACCAUCCCCAGCGAGAACAAGGUCAUUAUGAAGAACCUCGGUAGAGAGGCCGACUACUCAUGGGACAAGCCCCAGUUCCAGGCUCCUCGCGUCAGCCUGACCUCCUAUGCCAAUGUCAAGCUCGUCCUCGACCAGCAGAAGGAUUUCCGUGUGGUCUGGGGUGAUUGCACCCGUAUCCACCCUGGCAAGGGUGGCGAGGACUUCUGGAGCAAGACCCUAAGUGAGCCCCAGUGGAAGAAGAGCAUCAAGGAGUUCUAUGAAAAGACGACUCUCGAACUUCUCGCUGACAAGUCGACCAACCUUGCCGGAAGGAAGCAAGUUGACAUUGUGAAGGAUGUCGGAAACAUCGUGCCUGCUCGAUUUGCAUCCAAGCUUCUCUCGCUUCCUUUGAAGAGCAAGGAGAACUCCAAGGGCAUUUUCACCGAUCAUGAAAUCUUCACGGCCUUGGCAGUUAUCUACAAUGCAAUUUUCUUUGACGUUGACUCCACCAAAUCGUUCCCGCUUCGCAAGGCUGCAGAUGCUGUUAGCAAGGAGCUUGGUAGUCAGGUCGAGGGCCAUGUGAAGUCCAUCAGCUCUCCCGGCUUCCUCUCGAGAGUUAUCGACAGCUUCCGCGACGACCACAAUGUUCUCAAGGAUCUUGGUGACCAGCUCAUCAAGCGUCUAUCAGAGAAUGGUCUGAGCGUUUCCGACAUCACCUACGGCCAGAUUAUCCCAACAGCGGUCGAGCUUGUCCACGGUCAAGCCCAGAUGUUUACUCGUAUUGUCGACUACUACAUCAACGAUGGCAAGCAGUACCUUCCUGAGAUCAGCCUUCUCGCCAAGCAGGACUCUCCCGAGUCCGAUGCCAGGUUGACCCGCUACGCCCUGGAAGCCAUCCGCCUGAACGCCGGGUCAGGAGCCUACCGCAAGGCCGAGACCAACCUCUACGUCAAGGAGGGAGAUGUUGAUGUCAACCUCAAGCCCGGUGACGAAAUCUUCAUUGGAUCGACCGAAGCCAACCGUGACCCCGUGGCCUUCCCUGACCCCGACACAGUGCGCCUCGACCGGCCCGAUGAAUCGUACCUCAACUACGGCAUCGGCUCUCAGGUCGGCCUCGGCAAGGACGCCACCCUUACCGCGGUUACUGCGAUGGUCCGCGCCGCUUUCAGUCUGGACAACCUGCGCCCUGCCCCUGGUCCCCAGGGUGUGCUGAAGAAGGUUGUUCGCCCUGACGGCUACACUGUCUACAUGCGCGAGGACCACGGCGCGUUCUCUCCUUUCCCGACGACCUUCCGUGUUCACUUUGACGGACAGGUUCCCACUCCCAAGAAGCUAAUUGCUUCGUCUUAG